AUGGAGGCGUCUGGGCGCUUUGAGUUUGCCCGCCGCGCUGGCUUAAUAGUCGUCUUGGGAGUAACGUUUCUACUCGGCCUCUCCGUCUUCACCUCACAGUUCGGCCAGCCCUUCGAAAAUCAAGAUAACCCAGCCAUGUGGAAAGGUACCUCCCCUGCAGGGCUCCUGUCCGCCGGCCUGGCUGCUUCGGCAUCGGCAACCCUGCUCUACGUGAGCUCGUACGCCGGUACGGUCACGACGCUGAAUCUGAGACUGCCCAGCAGAAACGCCACUGCCACCCUUGAGACCAUCUCCACAUCGACUGGGUGUGGAGGGAGCCCGUCGUGGUUGACGCUUGACUACUCCAAAACGUUCCUUUUCUGUGCCGACGAGGGUCUCACCGAACAGACGGGAGGCUUGGCGUCCUUCUUGACCAACCCGAACGGGACGCUGACACCUCUCACGAGGCUCGACGUGCUCCUGGGUCCGGUCAGUCUGGCCGACUCCGGAUCCGGGGUUAGCGCGGUGGAAGUGACCCCCGAAGGCGGGCUCAUUCUGGUACAGAACGAGACCUACACUCUCGCGCAACCCGGUCCCGACCCGUCGCGGCAGGACGCGCCUCACCCACACGAAGCCAUCCUCGACCCCACCGGGGCCUACAUUCUGGUGCCAGACCUGGGCGCCGACCUCGUGCGCGUAUUCCAGGCCGACGCCGACAACCUCACGUUGACACCCGUGGCGCCCCUGGUCGCCGCACCCGGCUCGGGCCCGCGACACGGAGUCUUCCUGACCGUCGUCGAUAAGACGUACUUCUACCUCGUGUCGGAGCUGGCCAACACCAUCACGGGCUACGAGGUCGUCUACAAUGCCAACGAGACCCUCGGCUUUGCCGAGCUGUUCGUCAUCCCCACUCAUGACGACGACAGGCCGCUUCCCGAUGGCACGGGGGCUGCUGAGAUCCGGCUAUCUCCCGAUGAAAAGUUCCUAAUCGUCUCAUCGCGCUGGGAAUACUCGAUCGACAUCCCCAACUACGACCCGACCAACAGCACCGCCAUCGCCUCGGACCCGCUGAUCAGCUACGCCAUCGACCGGCAGACCGGGUCCCUCGCCAAGGUCCAGGAGUUCGCCGCGGGCGGGACCGGGCCCCGCCAGUUCUCGAUCAACGGGGGCGGCGACCUGAUUGCCGUGGGCCUGCAGGGGGACGGCCGCGUCGUGGUCAUCGGGCGCGAUGUCGCGACCGGGCUGCUCAAGGACUAUGUGGCUUUUGCGGAUGUCGAGGGCGAGGUCACGGCUGUGGUUUUUGAUGAGGACUAA